CAGGAGCUGCUAAAAGUUGGUGAUCAUAUACAAUUAUAUGGAGUGUCGAGGGUUGAGGCAAGCAAUCAUCCUGUCCUUUGUGACCUUCUGUUGCCUCUUUGGUCACUUAAGUGCUGAUAUUGAGAAGUUAAACUACGAUGUUGAUUCUAUUAUGGUUGAAGAUCAGGUUCAUGUUGGUGUGAUUCUCGAUAUGGAAUCAAAAGGAAAGAUUGUUCUCAGCUGCAUUUCAAUGGCCCUCUCUGAUUUUUACCAUCUCCACAAUAACUACAGCACAAGAAUAGUUCUCUACAGUAAGGAUUCCAAAGGUGAACCUCUGCCUGCUCUGUCAGCUGCUCUUGAUUUUUUGGAAAAUAUCAAAGUGGAAGCAAUAAUUGGUGCACCAAAAAGAGCAGAAGCAAACCUUCUGGCAGAAUUAGGAGAAGCGGCCAAAAUCCCUUUAAUGUCUCUUUCUCCUGCUCGGACUGACAAUAAAUAUCCCUUCUUUGUUGAGAUCAUGCGUGCUGAUGAAGCGGCUGAAGUUAAGGGAAUUAGUGCCAUUAUUGAAGUUUUCAAAUGGAGGGAUGUCAUCCUUUUAUAUGAUAGCAAAGAAUAUGAGAGAGACUUCAUUCCAUCAUUAGUCAAGUCAUUCCAAGAGAUCACACAUGGGAGUGUUGCGUACAAAAGUUCGAAUAUUGCUUCCUCCUCAUCAAAUGAAGAAAUCACUGCAGAGCUCCAAAAGUUGAUCAACCUGAAGAUUAAGGUAUUUGUGGUGCAUGUGUCACAUUUUUUUGCACCUCGUCUUUUCUUGAAUGCAAAGAAGUUAGGGAUGAUGAGCGAAGGGUAUGCUUGGAUCAUGACAUCAACUAGCAUGAAUUUCUUGCAUUCUAUGAAUUUAUCUGUUAUUGAGUCAAUGCAAGGAGUGCUGGGUUUCAAGUCUUCUAUUCCAGCAUCCAUAAACCUUCACAGUCUUGCAUCAAGAUUGAGGAGGAAGUUUUACAUGGAGGAUCCAAAUAUGGAAGCAAUUCGGGAGUUAAGUGCAGAUGGGAUCUGGGCGUAUGAUGCAACUUGGGCUCUAGCAGAAGCAGUUGAAAGAGCAAGGGUUAAAAAUUCUACCACUAGAUCCUCCAAAGAUGGAGCUGUGCUUCUUAGAGAGAUAUUGCAGACCAGAUUCAAAGGUUUAAGUGGUGAAAUUCAGUAUGUGAAUGGGAAACUGAUUCCAUCAGAACCAUUUGAGAUAGUUAAUGUUAUUGGAAAAGGUGAGAUCAAAAGGAUUGGAUUUUGGCCUUGCAAAGAAGAAGUAAAAUCCGGAAAAGGGUCACCCCAGCAGCAACUCAUUCAUAAUGGGAGAAAUUUAGCUUCUACAAUUGAUCUUGAAAGAAUCAUAUGGCCUGGAGGUUCCAGGAGGGAAUUGAGUAGUAGUGAAACACUUAAACUAAAAAUUGGUGUUCCAGUGAGAAUUGGGUUCAAGGAACUUGUUCGUGUCGAGCAUGAUCUUCAAACCAAUACAACUCAUGUCACUGGCUUCUCUAUAGACGUAUUCAAAGCUGCAAUAGGAGCUUUGCCAUAUGAAGUGCCGUACGAGUUUAUUCCAUUUGAGGAUGCCAAUGGAAAUCCUGCAGGGACUUAUAAUGAUCUUGUUUACCAGGUUUAUCUCAAGAAAUACGAUGCUGUUGUUGGAGAUGUUACGAUCACAGAGAACAGAUCUCAGUAUGUUGAUUUUACAAUACCAUAUACCGACUUGGGUGUGGGAAUGUUGGUAUCAAAUGCCAAGGAAAACAUGUGGAUUUUCUUUAAACCACUUUCAACAUAUCUUUGGUUAACAAGUGCUGCUUUCUUUAUCCUAACCAGUUUUGUUGUUUGGAUCAUUGAGCGUCCUACUAACAAAGAAUUCCGGGGCACAGUAGAGGAGCAAAUCGGAACACUUUUCUGGUUCUCCUUUUCUACUCUUGUGUUUGCUUAUACGGAAAAGUUGUCAAAUAAUUUGGCAAAGUUUGUAGUGAUCAUAUGGGUGUUUGUAGUGCUUAUAUUGUCAUCAAGUUAUACUGCAACUUUAGCAUCAAUGAUGACGGUCAAACAGAUAGAGUUAAACUCGAGAGGGAACUAUAUAGGUUAUCAAUCGGGUUCAUUAGGAGUUCUAGUGAACUUAAAUUUGAAAGCAGCAAAGUCAUAUCGUUCAGAAGAAGAAUAUAUUGAUGCUCUAUCCAAAGGAAGCAAGAAUGGUGGGGUUUCUGGGAUUAUUGACGAGGUUCCGUACAUCAAUAUCUUCCUUGCAAAGUAUUCUGCUGACUACUCGAUGAUUAAAACCAGGGCUAUCACCAAUGGUUUUGCCUUUGUUUUCCCUAAAGGUUCGAAAUUGGUUCACGAUGUGUCAAGGCAAAUUGAACGUCUGAGACAGGAAGAAAAGCUUCUAGAGAUGGAAAAGACCUGGUUUCGUGAAAAAACAACUCUCAUGUCUGUUGAGGAUAUGACCCAGAGUGAUCCCAAUACGAUUGACCUCUAUGACUUUCGUGGUCUGUUCCUUAUUAGUGGGGCUUCUUUAGCUAUUUCUCUUUUCUUCUUCGUAGUUUUAUCCACUAGAUUUAGGAAUCUGUUUCAAGGACUAAUGCAGCUGAUUCGUAUAGAACUGCAGCGUUUCAGGACGUUCUUCUCCUACAUAGUAUGCAAUGGAAUUGAGCAAAACUGCAUGCAAGUUCCUACGCAAGUCAUUGUACAUGCUGUCCAUUAAGUCAUUAGUACAAAUAUUAAGUUCUCAUUUUGACAGAUUCUAUAUAUUGUGCAGAAAGUCCUUCGUGAUUAAUUUUUGACACUAAUUAUCUUGGGAUUUUGGCUAGAAAUUAACA